AUGGUGAACAGCAGGAAGAAGAGGCCCUGGAAGAAAGAGAAGGGACCAAAGUGUUUCCAGAAGAUGAUGAUAGUGUGGUCAGAAGAGCGUGUGAUGAAGAGGAAAAAAAAGUUGAUAAGAAAAGUAUUGAAUGAGAUCAGAGAAAACCCAGACAAGAUCCCACCAAAUCCCAGAUACAAUGACAGAAGAAAGGUAAAAGCAGCUACAAUGAAGGUUAACAAGGUUAUAGCUCUUAUCAGAACUGAAUCAAUAACGGAAACAAACAUAGUCUUACGGGCAGCAGGUAAUGUUGUUGCUGAGAUGGUGGGGCACAAAAUCAUGAAUCCAAAGGAAAGCAGGACACCACAUUGGAGGAUAAGAAUUUUGGAAAAACAGAAGGCACUAUGCAAGGAUUUAGGACAGUUAAAUAGAAUGAAAAGAAAUGAGUUGCAAAAUGAGGGUACCAUAUCAAAGCUUGAAAGGAAAUAUCGCAUAGUAGAAAAAGGUAUUGAUAUGGUCCAUGAAGAAGUACAACAGAGGUUAGUUGCUAUUUUGGCAAAGCUUGAAAGAUAUGACAAUAGGACAGAGCAGUACAGACAGAAUCGCUUGUUUGAAUCAAAUCAAAAGAAAUUGUUUGAGGAAUUAGACAGAGUAGAAAAACAAACGGUGGUGCCUGAUGCAGAGGAAAGUACUCGCUUUUGGAGUGACAUAUGGGACAAACCAGUAAAACAUAAAGACAAUCCGGAAUGGCUGAGAAAUGUGGAGGAAGAGGCUAGGGCACAUCAACUUGACAGGUGUCUCCAAGAAAAUAACGUGCCGUCAUGGAUGGUCACUGGGAAAACAUUACUGUGUGUGAAAGAACUGGAGAAAGGAAUAGCAAAUUUCAGGCCCAUCGCAUGUUUACCUCUGUUGUGGAAAUUGCUGACAGGGAUCUUAGCGGAAGAACUGCAUGAACAUCUUGAGCAAUCAAACAUAUUACCUUGGGAACAAAAGGGAUGUAGAAAAGGAAGCCGAGGGACAAAAGACCAACUACUCAUUGAUAAAAUGAUAGUGAAAAAUUGUAAGAUACGCUUAACAUCACUGGAUGUUGCAUGGAUUGACUAUCGCAAAGCAUAUGACAUGGUGCCCCACAGUUGGAUAGAGAAGUGUAUGAAUAUGUUUGGAGUAGCAGUGAAUGUCAGGUCCUUCAUAAGCGAAUCAAUGAAACAUUGGAACACAGAGCUGAAUGCGGGCCAAAAUAGACUUGGAAAUGUGAAAAUAAAGCGAGGAAUUUUUCAGGGGGAUAGCCUAUCCCACUCCUGUUUGUAA